GGGUCGGAAACCAGCCGGGUCCAGAUUCCCGAGCCAUAGCGUAUGUCCACAUCGCGUCAGUCAGCGCUGGUCGUGUCUGACCCUUGUUGUGCUGCUAUAUCCAUAGUGAUCCAUGUCUCGCUGAAGUAUCACAUACCUCACCGACAUCAACAUGGUCACCAUACAACCCUUCCAGCGGAUCAUCGCCGCUGAAAUAGACGGUCGCUGUCAGAAUAUCAGAUAUCGUCAGAAUCAGUUCCAUCGUUUACAGUCUGUUUUGGUGCAGAAUAUCGAUCUCAUCAAGGAUGCGAUCGCUGCUGAUUCGGGACAUUCGGAGGAGGAAGUUCGCGCGGAGAUCUGUCUUGCUGUGAAAGAGAUUCGGACACAUUAUGCAUCUCUGGACUUGAAGAAGGAUUUGGAGGUGGAGUAUCGUGUUGCGCAUGGGAAGGAUAAUACUGAUGGGAGACGGGGAGUGGGCAUUGUGUAUGUCGUGCCUUGUUCGCAUACUAUGUUUUUCUCGGUUAUUGCGGCGUUGAGCGCUGCGAUUGCGGCGGGGAAUUGUGUUAUUCUUGAGUUGUCGAAGAACACCAUGGCAUUGCCUGCUGUGCUCAAGAAGAUCCUACCACAGGCCCUGGAUGCAGACACAUUUGCCAUCAGCGAGGAGCGACCAGACAGUGCAUUUCUCGAGAGGACGCACGUAGUUGCGCAAAAUGAUUCCAUUCCGCUUUCUAGCAGCACUCUAUCCUCACCUAUCUCAUCCAAAACAGUCGCGGUGGUCGACCGCACAGCCAAUAUCCCCGCCGCCGCAGAGGCAUUGGUGUCCGCGCGAUUCGCCUUUGGCGGUCGCUCAACGUACUCUCCGGAUGUUGUGCUCGUGCAGGAGUUCGCCAUGAAAGAAUUCGUGGAGGCGAUCAUUCAGCGGUCGUCGAAGUACCUAGGCGGCCAGAAUGGCGAGGCCCGGCAGACGGUCGUCAAUCCGCGACGGUCGAGUUCGGGUGCGUCGUUGCUGGAUGCGGCGCACAAGGACGCAAGUGCGCGGGUCAUAGUGUCUGGUUCUGAAUGGGGUGUAGUUGAGGUGCAUGAUCGGAAAUCGCCUCUCCUGCAGAGAAAGGUAUCGGAGAAGGUCCUGGUCCUGCAUCCUGUGACUAGUCUAGAUGAUGCUAUCGACUUCAGCAGCUCAAUGGGAACCCUAGCAGCAACAUAUGCCUUCGCAGCCCCAGCAGCAGCCAAAUACCUCACCCAGUUCAUCGACUCUUACACCUCCUGGAUCAACCACGUCCCGACGGACAUGCUCAUCGGCCCCGCAUACCCAACCAACCAACCAAUAUCCCGCGAAACCCGCUACUCGACAUCAUCCCUCCAGAUCCCACGACCCCAGUUCGUCACAGAAACAAGCAACACCGCUCUCAUUCGAGAAAUAAUCAGCCAAAGCACAAAGUCUACUGAUGCGUGGCGCGAGGCAUUGACGCCGCUGCCCUCGAUAGGACAAGCCGAGGGCAAGAGAAUCGGAUUCUUCGAGCAGGGAAUUAUUACUGGUGGUGUGAUCACGUUGUUUUCUCUUGUGGGUUUCAUUUCGACAAUCGGGAUUUAUGGGUAUGCGGCUGUGAGGAGGUUGAGGGCUUGAUUUUCGGGAGGUGUAUACCACUUAGAGUUGACUGGUAUGAGUGUGAAUCGUGAGCUUUGUUCUGGUUGUUGAGUGUCGUCUUUAUGGAUAUUCAACAUCUAAAGAUUGCGAGGGGCGGGGUGGAAUGAAAUAUUUCCGACGACUGAUAAGUUCUAU